CGCGGCGACCAAUGAGAAGGUAGCGACGAAACUGGUUAUCCAAUGAAUGAUGGUGAUGGGUGGGACUUCCUGCGGCUGUGGGCGGGAAGGAGGGCUCGCGACCGACCGACAAUUGGCGUCGUUGGCUUCUCAGUGGUUUCUGGUUCCCGGAACCCGGCCUCAGGCCCCAGGGAAGACCGAGGCCCGGCCGCCCGCCGCGAGCAAUGGCGAGAAGAAUGCUCGGCUUCUUUCUCUUCAUCUCCCCGGCCUUCCCCGUCGGGCCGUCGCGGAUGGACUUUCACGCCGAGGCCAAAGAGUUGUGCUUUGGGGUGAACGAGCAGCCUUACUGGUGUGAGACCGGAUAUUGCUGUGGGGAGACAGAAUGCUGUACCUAUUACUACGAGCUUUGGUGGUUCUGGCUGGUCUGGACUAUAAUACUCAUGCUGAGUUGCUGCUGUGCUUACCGACACCGGCGAGUGAAACUGCGACUGCAGCAGGAACAGCGACAGCGGGAGAUCAGUUUGAUGGCCUAUCAGGGAGCCAGCACCUACACAACACAACCACUCGACUUACGAUUCUGGACAAACUGUAAGCUUCCAGCCUACGAAGAGGUAGCAGGACACCCACCCACUCCGCCACCUCCUUACUCCGAGUUACAGCAGCAACAGCAGCAGCAGCAAAACACAGUACAGAAUAACAGCCGGGACACUGCUGUGGGAGGGAGUCAUGAGCAGCUGAGCUCACGGGAAGCUGUGGCGAGUUUGCCGGGUCAAGUGGAGGCAGAGCCAAGACCUCAAACAGAAUCCAAUUCAUUCAGUAGCGAUGAACAUGAGGCGGAGAGUGGACAGGAACCUGCCACCUGCACUCCAGCCCCAGCCAAUUGCUCAGGUGAUGAACACGACACAGUUAGUACUCAAGGCGAGGAAUCAGAUUUACACCCGGCUUCCGAUCUGCACAGCUUGGACCUGGAUCCCCACAUAUGUGACCACGGAGAGACCAAGGAAGAGAGCUCCUCCCGACACAGGCGGAUCACGGGCGACUCUGGCAUUGAGGUGUGUGUGUGCCGCAUGGAUGAGGACCCCUACCCUGAGGAGGUGGGCCUGAUGGGCAGCGUGGCUGCACAGCCGUGCUGCGAGCCCCAGUCCUCGUAUAACUCGUCCCCGCAGGACACGGAGCGGGGCUCCAAGCCAACGCUCAACAAGCAGUCUGAACAGUAUUGUCCUGGAGAGCAGCCAGAGGAUGUGUAACAUCGGGUCUCACCAUUGCUGGUACCUUCAACAGUGAAGUCAAAUGACACGGGGGGCAAUUUCUGACCCGUUCAGUUGACCAUUUAUGGGCUAAUUACCUAAGCUUGUUUGCCAUUAAAAAAAACCUGCCCCUAAUUACAAGAGACAGAAACGCGUUAGGUAGCGUUUCACAUUCAGGUUUUCUGCAAUAUUCUAGCAUUUUGAAAUUAACCAUUAGCACUAUUAUAAUAAUAUAAUACAAUACAAUACCACGUCUCCAAACCCUUUGUGUUCAGGACUUGAACCUGAGAUGCAUACCGAGGGUUGCGUUUUUUUUCCCCCCACACCCCACACUGAAACGCUCUCCCUUCACCACGGCCUCCGUUGGGGAAAGGGGUGAGGCUCUUCGUUCAGCUGGUGUGUUUGUCGGUAAUGUUCUUACUCUGGUUUCAGGGUGAACACCAGAGCCCCAAGUUGGCUCAAUUGACUGCUAUUAUUCCUUCCAUGUAUUGGGCAAAGUGCCUCAUAACCUUACAGAUGGUUUUCCUGGCUAGGCUGAACGCAUAGGAAUGAUAACAUCUUAAUGCACCUCAUCGCUUCACCAUUGACCUGUGACACCAAACUGCCUUUCUUCGUCAAAUAUUCAUUUUAACGUUGUUAACCCCAAACUCAAACAGCCUGUCCCUCCCUGGGGCUGCGUCCAGCUCCGACAUGCUCUGUGUUCUCUGAUGGGGUGACUCAUUUUAGACUUCACUGAUGCAAAACUAAGCAGCACCUGUUACUAAUAUGAUAACAAAAGUCGCUGGGAACACUCACUCGCUCAGCAGGUCAGGCAACAUCUACGGAGAUAGGAGAGUGAGUUAAUAUUUCGAAAAGAAUAACUGAAACGUUCACCCACUUGCCUCUCUCCAUGGAUGCUGCCUGACCCGCUGGUGUUCCCAGCAGCAUCUCUU